GGUUGUUUGAGCUCCACAUCUCGACCAGCAAACGCAGAGCACAAUGGAGGACGAUGACGGACUUGCAACGCCGCCACUGCGAAUGGCACGACUGUUUGAAGCAGCGACCGACUCGGAUUCGGCUUAUGACGACGAUGACAACGACAAUGACCAUGAUGGAGCCGCGCAGGGUGACGAUGAGACGGAUGAUGAUGAUGAUGACCGAGAGGAUCGUCGUCGUGGAGAUGGGACCUCUGCAUCCCGCAGUAGCGCAUCGGGAAGAGCAGCAGCUGCGUCAAGAACAGCGGCAUCCGCGAGGAACAGCAGAGACGCGACUGCAGGCACAGGACGAGGAGGCGCAGCAACAGCAACAGGAGGACGAGCGACUCUCAGCAGCAGCGCGCCCUCAAGCAGCAAGCAGCGGGGCACAGCCAAGUCAUCGCCAGCCAAGACGACAACUCGUGUACCCAAGCAGCGUGCCGUGCUCCGAUUCAUCGAGAACGGACAGGAGCGCACGCAGCCACUCGUGCAAGGUAUCAACACCAUCGGACGGUCGUUGAAAAGCUCUGUUAUCAUUGAGGCUACAAGCGUCAGUCGCCAGCAUGCCGUGAUUGAGAUUUCCGGACGCCACGGAGCAGACGUGUUUGUCGCCGAUUUGGGGAGCACCAACCACACUCGUUUUGGCGAGGAAGGCUCUAAAAUGCUGCGAAAGGAUGUGCGCUACCAGCUGUGUGAUGGGAAUCUGCUUACCUUUGGUGAUGUUCAAUGCCGAUUGAGCCAUGCUGCAUCCAGAAGGACGGGAGUGACUGACACUGCGGUUGCAAGUGUCAAGGGAUCGUCAACACCUCCCGUCAAGCCACAUAAUAUUCGACGCGUAACCUCCUCGACCGCUUCUUUGCGUGCUUCCGGUCCAGCUGCGCAGACGUUCUCAACGCCUGUCACGAAUUGCAAGCUUCACCCCGCCGAGUCCUCUACUUUCCCGGUCUCGUCGUCACUGGUUUCAACCCCCGCUGUUGACGGGGCUGCCACGCUGGCUGCAGAAGACGCGGAAGACCGCUUGGAUGCCACCCAGAGCCCAACGUCCGAUCUCGAGGAGGAGACUGUCAAACCUCCUGCCAAACGUAACUCUAACGGAGCUGUCAGACGUCUCGAUUCGACUCCUCCUGUCGCUGUCGCUGUCGCUGUGGAGCAGACUGCCGCCGUUUCGGAGACAAUGACUGGUGUUUCGGAAACGAUUGCAGUUGUCGCGGAAACCAUGGCUGUCGACGGCGCUUCCGACGACGAGGAUAACCAGCCAGCUGUAGCAGCAGCGCAUAGUAGUGCUAAAAGUCGAGCUGCGAUUGGUCGCGGGACUCUGCCGGUUGCAACGCAAGCCGCAACUCAAGCUGUCGAUACCGCAAGCGACUCGGACGAUGCAAAUGCCGUGGAUGAGCGCUCUGUUCUGCUUGUCCCUACGGCAACCAUUCCGAUGGACGUCGGCAGCGACACAGACGUGUCCGAAGAUGAUGCGGCGAAUGGCGCAAGCAACAAGCGUGUUGCAACGGGACAUGUGACGGAAACUGCGCCAGUCGCGACGCAAGCACUCGAUGUCACCGUCGCCGAAGACGACGUUGACGAUACCGAUGACGAAGAGCCCGAUACUGGUGGACACACUACCACCACCACCACCACCACCGCAAAACGUGUCGUCACCCAACCUGAAGUGUCUGCUCCCAACAACACGUUCACUGCGUCCACUGGGUCUGAGUCAACCAACGGGCCAGUUGUUGCCAUGCAAACUGACGAUUUGGAUGCCACCCAGGUCGACGACGACGACACCGACAAUGACAAUGACAAUGACAACGACAACGACAAUGACAAGGCUGGAGGUGAUGCACAUGUGGUUGCGCCAGCGUCCAAGGCUUCAGCUUCCGGUUCAGUCGUAGCUCAGCUCCCGCCAUCUCAUCCUGCGACAGCUGCAAACAAGUCGUCGUUUGAAGGGAACUCCAGCUUCACUUUCGACAACCCGCCUUCGCCCGUGCUGACAUUGGACGGCGCCUCGCUUCCGCUUUCCAACGAGCCAUUUCGACCACCCCACGGCUCCACUUGGUCGUUUCUUGCCAGUGGCUCCUCGCGUGCCGCAUCCAACUCUGCAGGCGAGUCGGUCACCCCGUCGGUCGCCCCAUCGGCAAGCAAACAGGUCGAGUCUCAGCCCGAGCCAGCAGCAGUUGCUCCAGCGGUCGCUCGCAGCCGAACUUCCACAAAGCCGCAGGUGCAAGCCACUGAUCCCGAGGAGACGCAGCCUCAAGACUGGGAGAAUGAGCGUCCCCCUGUCCUGAUGCAAGCACCCACGCCUGCCCCAGCUGUAGCAGAAGCCACCAAGCCAACCAAACUCAGAGAGACAUUCUCGCGUGCAUCUGCUCGCUCUUCGAGAGACCCAGCGGUCGUUGCGCCAGCCGCGAUUACGGUUCCUUCCACCGCCGCAGUUGCCGCGUCAGCAGUCACAAGCACACCAGAGAUUGCCGGCGCGAUGGAAGCGUCAUCACCCGUCGCUGCCGAUGACUCUGCAGCCGAGGCGCCGGCAAAGAGUAAACAACCCGCUCGCGCGAGCCGAUCCAAUCGACGUGACCCUCCUUUGUCGACCGCGUCCGCUCCGACCGAAGCUCCGCCUGCCCAAUCGGCGGGUCGCUCGUCACGGGCCGCCAGAGGCACUAACGCGACGGCAGCAUCCGCAAAAGCAACGGCAUCAGCAGCAGCAGCAGCAGCAGCAGCGAACGACCCCGACGAGAAGCCGACCAAGCCGUCCGAGAUCGCUCAGACACUCGCUGUGCCUCGCGUCAUGUUCACUGGUGUCGACAAUCCAAAGUACAACAACAUUGUAACGGAGCUGGGUGGAACUCUCAUCACAUCUUCGGUUUUGGAUUGCGACCACCUCGUGACCGACAACGUUCGUCGAACUGUCAAGUUCCUGGCGGGAAUUGGCGUGUGUCACCACAUUGUUUCGCUUGGUUGGCUGGAUGCCAGCCAUCGCUCUGGCCGUUUUGUCAGCCCGACCAAGUACGCGCUCGUGGAUAAGGCGAGCGAGGCGCAAUUCGGCUUCAAGUUGGCCGACUCGUUGGCCCGUGCUCGACAAGCGCCAUUGCUACGAGGCCUCGCCGUGUACGUCACAGAGAAUGUCCGCCCGCCACCGCUUGGUGUCUAUGAGAUUGUGCGUGCAGCUGGAGGCAAACCUCUGGAGGUGCUUCCCGCGUCAAUGUCGGAGGUGGCUGCUGCCACGAGCAGGGCUGUCGCCACGAUUGCACGACGACAGGCGCGAGGCGCAGGCGCGAUUUCAGCUUUGGACGGCGAAAAUGAAGCAAUCGCCGACCCAAAUCCUCUAAAUAACUGUGGCGUCAUUGUCAUCUCUUGCGCAGAGGACCAGAACGCCUGCCAAGCUCUGAUUGCUGCCAACGGCGUUAUUCAAUCUGCGGAAUUUCUGCUGUCGGGUGUGCUCAAGCAAGAGCUGGAUGUGAGCUCGCAUCGCUUGUUUGCCAAUGCUGCUGCUGUCGAGUCCGAUGCGAGCUCGGCUGACGAACUCACCACACGUGGAAGCAAGCGUGGAGCGUCACAGGAAUCGACCACCACCACCAGGAAGCGCGCUCGGCGAUAAACAAUUCAUAUUCGAUCGUGUAGUUAGUUGGUUGCUGCUUUUCUCAAAAUGAACGCAUUUACGUCCCAUUUUCCC